CCAGGUGAGCAGCUGGAACAGGAAACAACGGGAAAGCCAGCGAGACUCAUAGACAAAGAUCAGAUUUCCUUUUCAUCCCAAAUACUCGAAAAUGUGUGGAUUUGACAGGCAGAAGGGGCCUGGGAGGCUCAUGGCCAAAGGACUAACACUUAUCGUUGUUGGUCACAUCAAUUUCAUCUUGGGCGCUAUCGUUCAUGGCAGUAUUUUACGCCACAUUUCCAAACCAAGAGGCACAACAUCAACGGAAUACACAGCAUCUAACAUCAUAGCCGUCACCUCAGGGCUGCUGAGCAUCGCAAGUGGAAUUGUUGCAAUAUUGGUGUCAAGAAAUAUUACAACCUGGAAACUACAUGUGGGCCUGUUGGUGAGCUCCUUCCUGAAUACGCUGCUCUCUACAGCCUGCUGCGUGGGACUGCUGCUGGCCAUCAGCCUCACUAUUAAAGCUGAUGGCAGUGUGCUCAUGAAGGGCUGCAACUCCACAGAUGUGCCCAUUAAUGCCCGCUCACCUGUCUCUGCCAACUGCCCCUUCGACACCACACGUAUAUUUGACACCACUUUGAGUCUGUGGUUCCCCUGCACUCUGCUUUCAGCCAUGGAGGCAGGCCUGUCUUUGUGGUGUUUUAUAAUAGGCCUGACGCUGAGAGGCAUCGGGCCAUGUGGUCACACCUACCUCAAAGAGCAGCUUGAAGAAGAAGCCUUGGCAUCCACAUCAAAGGUUCAUCCAGAAUUUGCAGCUCCAAGCCAACGCCUUAUUGCUCACAAUUAUGCAUAGAGAGGAGAAUCAGUCAGAAAGCUAAGGUUGUGUUGAAGCUCUACAGCUCUGAGGUAAUAAUUCAGACUGCAGUCGUCGGAUGAACUCUAAGUUCCAGUUUCGUGGAUCUGGAUUAAGUCUAGUCUCUGACGAAAUUGCGUUAACAGAUCCAAUCCAUCUUUGAAAACUCACUGUUAGUGUAGGCUGUGUCUUAAUCUAGGUCUGAGAAACUGGCCCUGAGUAUUUGGAUUGAAAGAUUUUCACUCAGCUGCAUAUGUGAACUGGAGAUUCAGAUUGAAUAACAAUGAGAAAAAACUAAACAGUCACAUGCAAAAGUUUGUAUAUCUCCGAAUCAAAUUACAUGUUCUGUUGAUUUAAGUAAAAAAUAAGUUACAGGGAAUCGAUAUAAAUAUGGCAUUUUUCACCAAUUUUAGUGCACAAUUUCUAUUUAUUUGCUGAGUUUAACAUAUGGGAAGAAAAAAAAACAUAUGCAAAUGUGCCCUAACUUUUUUCACAUCAUAUAUGUAUGAUUUUUCAUGUUCAUAUCAGCAAAUAAACAGUAAUUGUGCAUUAAAAUACGUAGAAGUGCAUUUUCAGUAGCGCAUGUUUACUUGUUUGCACAAAAAAUCAACAACAUAUUUAAUUUGGGUGCCCAAACUUUUGCAUACAACUGUUCUUCACUGGGUGCAAUUCUCAUAAGAGCAGUAGUCUGCACAAAAGUGCCUUUUGAAAAGAGAUCAAAGUGAUAUUGACAAAUGAUACUGAUACCUGCAGUGCUUUGAUUUUUACAUUGUAAAUGAAUUGGUUUGUAAUAUAUUGCUUUUUACAUUGUACAGUCCUUUUUGCUGACAAUGAGUAUUUACAUCAGUGUUUCUGGCUGGGACAGUUAAAUUAAUUGAUUAUUUUGAACUAUUGUCCCAUUAGCUUAAAAAGCAACAGCCAGGUUUUUUGGGUAGUUUCAUAGCAGCUUUUAUAACUAGAGAAACAUUUUUGAUUUGUUCAUUUCAACAUAUUCAUCCUAAUUGUCCUUGAUAAGCUCUCUCUACUGUAUAAUACAAUACAAAAAGUUAAAUAUUUCAAUCUAUUUUAUUAUAAAUAUAUUUAACUAUAUAUUCAAUUAAUAACUGCCAGAUAAAAUAUUACUGCACAAUUUAUGGGUUGAUCAGGGUAAUGUCUGCCUAAUUUCUUUCUUCCAAGACCAAAGGGUUAUCAAAACCAGAGGCAGUAUACUUUUUCAGCAGCUUUUUUUUAAUUAUUAUUAAUAGUGCCAGUAAUUAAUCUAAAGGUAUGCAUGUACGCAAAGUAUUUAACAUAUGACCGCUGUAGUCUGAAUAUGUCUAAAAAAAAUUCAUCUAUUUUGAAUUUGAUAGACCAAAGACUUUGACCAAGCCAGAGCUAGCAGCCAAAAACAUUUACUUUUUAAGACUGUAAAAAUACUGUAAUCCAAAGUCAACAGACAUGAAAUAUUUUCAGGUAUGUUGUCAUCAGAAACCAGCUGGCCCUAAAGCCCUCCUCACAUAGAGAGAGAGUGAGUGAAGGUAGUGAGGCGUGUGUGAUGGGAAAAAGUCUGGGUGUUCUAGAGGGCUUUAUCUGGGCUGAGUUUAGUGGCCCAGUGAAAAUCUCACUCUCAGAGAUAAUCCCACGAUCUGAAAGAUGAAAAGUAAAUAUUGACAUAAGCAUGCGACUGACACUGUCAAAACUGAGUGUUUAUUCCAGUAUGAAAAUGAGGGAUUGUCUUUGACCUCACUGGUCUUGGUGCAUUUCAAGCUCAACUAGGCCUCUUCUAACAGUGUGAUGUUAUCUGUAUUUAUUUUGUAUGUAUUUCAUACAUUUCAUUAAGGCAAAUACUAUUUUUUUAUUUUGGUGUUUACACUGUUGUUUUAUUUUACUUGCAAAUUAAAUGAGUUCUAAAAAAACUUCUAAUAAAUAUAACAAAGUUACAUGCAUGCAUUUCUUAUUUGAAUCUAAUAAUUAUUGGUAGAGAUGGACACCUGUAUAGACUGGAUAAAUACUGAACAGGCAACAAUAGACCUGGGGCACAGAUGUGAUCUUAAAUUGAUUAUAGGUGAAAAUUCACAUUCAAGUAGUGAUUUAUAGAAUGUGAACUUAAUGUGAAAAUGUGCAAAGAAACACAAGUUUCCAUAUUAAUGUUCAAACAGCAGUGUCUGUGUCUUGCAGGGAUUGCAGCACAUGUGAACAUUUUGUUUUUGUAAAUCAACUACACAAGUGGUGAGAGCCUCUGAAAAACUGAAUGAAAUAAAAGUAUGUUU